GUUUUGAAAAAGAAAGCACAAGCUGGUCUCCUACAUCAGACAUUGCCAUCAGAAGUUAAAAGUUUUCCUACCACAGGAUAUAGUGCCGACCUAUCAAAUCUACCAAAAGUUACUUUUGGCACUGUAUGGAAGUUUAUGAUAGACAGCAUGGAAUUCAAAAGACGACUUUCAACUGCUAAGCCUCUAGUGAAAGGCUAUAAUUUCUUUAAGUCAAACCAUGUGCUGUGUUUGUAUUAUCUCCACAAGGAUUCAAAACAUUACAUCAAAAGUCAGGUCUUGCCUUCAAUGAAGAAAAAGAUGGUAUAUACUUGUUACAUUAAGCUUUCAUCAUUUGGCUUUGUAUUGUCAGCCAAAUGUGGGUGCCCAGCAGGUGUGGAUGGGAGAUGUAAUCACGUCUGUGCAACUCUUUUUUUCCUUGACUCUGUUUGCAAGAAAAAUAAGAAGUCAUCUUCAGAAAUUUCAUGCACGUCAAAGCCAUGUGAAUGGAGUGUACCAAGAAAGAGAAAAGAAGAAGUGCAGCCAAUUUCUGCAAUGAAGUUCCAGAAAUAUGACUACAACAAAGAGAACAAAAAAGCAGAAGAUAAAUGCAAAUACCAGGAUGUCAGCUCCAUUAACCAGGAAGGUUUAAAUAGUAAAAAGUUACAAAGCAUUUUUAACAAAUUUAAAGAACUAGAAAAUGAGGUUGGGAAGUCCAUUGGAUGGUGUCACAUUUUACCCCAGGAUAUCCCAGUUGAGAAGUAUGAGAAUGAACUCAUAUCUCCCAUAAAAGUUCAAGACAGCCCUAUGGCAAUGAGUGCCAUUAAAGAAAGGAUGGAAAAGAUUAAGAAAUGCCUUUUCAUAGACUACAGAAAGGCCACAGAAAUUGAGAAAGAAACUAGAGAGCAAUCCUUUAAUAAGAAAUGGCACCUACAUCGACAAUACCGCAUUACAGCAUCUAAAUGCUAUAGAGCUGCUGUACUUAAACAAACAACCUCACCAACAAAGGCCAUUAAUGAAAUUUUGUAUGCCAAAUUUUCAGCAACGAAGCAAAUGAUAAAAGGACUAGAAAUGGAACCAGAAAUAAUGAAGCAAUACAUAAAGGAGCAACACAAACGUGGACAUGACAAUUUGUCUGUGUCACAGUCAGGUCUGAUUGUUGGCAAGCAUGAUGAUGGUUUCUUAGGGCUAGUCCUGAUGGCUUGGUUUGUGAUCCCUCGAACAAUAAUGAACCUUUAG